AUUAUAAUUUGGAGAUAGAAUCUUGAGGAUUUGAAGAUGGGGUAAGGGAGAGUGGUGUUGAUCUCCCGGGGAGUCAGAAAAGAGGAUGGAGGAUAAGGGAAGGAAUGCCAAGGAAUGGGGCUGGAGGGUGGGAUAGGCACAAGGAAGUGGGUGGAGAAGAGGCUGGCAUUGGAAGAUGAAACCUGAAGGGUGGGAUGUGGAAAUUUGGACAAGGUGUAGAGGGAGGAUGUGGGCUGGGGUAGAGAGGGAUGAAUGAUGGGGCCCGGGAAGGCGUGCCCAGGAUGCGGCUGCCGGCGGGGACUGAGGAGAGGCUGGGUGUGGAUGAGGUUUUGGCAGUCAGUGGCUAUUGAGACAACAGCAUUUGCCGAGUUUUAAAGGGUCGGAGGAUGGUGUUAAUAGAUUUGUGGGCUUGAAGUCUGUUAUAGUGCUUGAAAAUGGUAACGAGUGUUGAGAAAGAGCAGUUGGGGGGAGGACCUUUUUGGAAUAGGAGAGCGAGAAUGAAUCUGGGGAAUCCUUGAUGAGUGCCUCGCACUUCGUAGGCUCCAAAUAUUUAUUUAAGGAGGUAAUAGGUUGAGGACCCCGGAAGGAGGCGCUUGGCUUCCUCCCCUCGUUGCCAUGGAGACGUGGCUUCGGUUGCCUUGGCAACUGGGGAAGCCCCUAGGACCGGCCUAAAGCUGGCCCCGCCCCAGUGUCUAGAGACCCUGCCGCGACGAGGCGACUGACGUCACGGACCUGGGCACGCCCCACGUUAACCCUUUCCUGAGUGAAGGGGCUGCAGGGAAAUGAGAGGCAUGGAACCCGGAUGUCUUUCACCACUCCCCUUUCCUGACGUCCUUUGCACCGCGUUGUGUGAGGGGUGCAGGGGAGGGAAGAAGGGAGAUUUUUUUGCUUUGCGCUGCUACCACAAACCUCUUCAGCUUGGACUACUCUUGGCCAGGCUAACGGGGGGCGGGCCGAGGGCACGAGAGGAGGGCCUCGCCGAUCACUAGGCUGGUCACCCUUGGGCCACGCCUACCCUCUCUCCCCUUUCCCCCACCCCCGUUGUCCUGACGACCGGGCCUCCAGGAGGCCAAUUCUCCCCCUGUGAUUGUCAACACAGACACCCUAGAAGCCCCAGGAUAUGUGAACGGGACCGAGGGGGAAAUGGAAUACGAGGAGAUCACUUUGGAAAGGGGUAACUCAGGUCUGGGCUUCAGCAUCGCAGGUGGCACUGACAACCCACACAUCGGUGACGACCCAUCCAUUUUCAUCACCAAGAUCAUUCCUGGCGGGGCUGCAGCCCAGGAUGGCCGUCUCAGGGUCAACGAUAGCAUCUUGUUUGUAAAUGAAGUGGACGUUCGGGAGGUGACACACUCAGCUGCAGUGGAAGCCCUCAAGGAAGCAGGCUCCAUUGUCCGCCUUUAUGUCAUGCGCCGGAAACCACCAGCUGAGAAGCUCAUGGAAAUCAAGCUCAUCAAAGGACCUAAAGGUCUUGGCUUCAGCAUUGCAGGGGGUGUUGGGAACCAGCACAUUCCUGGAGAUAAUAGCAUCUAUGUAACAAAGAUCAUUGAAGGUGGUGCAGCCCACAAGGAUGGGAGGUUGCAGAUUGGAGACAAGAUCUUGGCGGUCAACAGUGUGGGGCUGGAGGACGUCAUGCAUGAGGAUGCUGUGGCAGCCCUGAAGAACACAUAUGACGUUGUCUACCUAAAGGUGGCCAAGCCCAGCAAUGCCUACCUGAGUGACAGCUAUGCUCCCCCAGACAUCACAACCUCUUAUUCCCAACACCUGGACAAUGAGAUCAGUCACAGCAGCUACCUGGGCACUGAUUACCCCACAGCCAUGACCCCGACUUCCCCUCGGCGCUACUCUCCAGUGGCCAAGGACCUGCUGGGGGAGGAAGACAUUCCCCGAGACCCGAGGCGCAUUGUCAUCCACCGGGGCUCAACGGGCCUGGGCUUCAAUAUCGUGGGUGGCGAGGAUGGUGAAGGCAUCUUCAUCUCCUUUAUCCUGGCUGGGGGCCCUGCGGACCUCAGUGGGGAGCUGCGGAAAGGGGACCAGAUCCUCUCGGUCAACGGUGUUGACCUCCGCAAUGCCAGUCAUGAACAGGCUGCCAUUGCCCUGAAGAAUGCGGGUCAGACGGUCACGAUCAUUGCUCAGUAUAAACCAGAAGAGUAUAGCCGAUUCGAGGCCAAGAUCCAUGACCUUCGGGAGCAGCUCAUGAACAGCAGCCUGGGCUCAGGGACCGCCUCCCUGCGGAGCAACCCCAAAAGGGGUUUCUACAUCAGGGCCCUGUUCGAUUACGACAAGACCAAGGAUUGCGGCUUCCUGAGCCAGGCCCUGAGCUUCCGCUUUGGGGAUGUGCUGCACGUAAUCGAUGCCAGUGAUGAGGAGUGGUGGCAGGCGCGGCGAGUCCACUCUGACAGUGAAACCGAUGACAUUGGCUUUAUCCCCAGCAAACGACGGGUUGAGCGACGGGAGUGGUCAAGGUUAAAGGCCAAGGAUUGGGGCUCAAGCUCUGGAUCACAGGGUCGAGAAGACUCAGUUCUGAGCUACGAGACAGUGACACAAAUGGAAGUGCACUAUGCUCGCCCCAUCAUCAUCCUUGGGCCCACCAAGGACCGCGCCAAUGAUGAUCUUCUCUCCGAGUUCCCCGACAAAUUUGGAUCCUGUGUUCCCCAUACGACACGGCCCAAGCGGGAGUAUGAGAUAGAUGGCCGGGAUUACCACUUUGUGUCAUCCCGGGAGAAAAUGGAGAAGGACAUUCAGGCGCACAAGUUCAUUGAGGCCGGCCAGUACAACAGCCACCUGUAUGGAACCAGCGUCCAGUCCGUACGAGAGGUGGCAGAGCAGGGGAAGCACUGCAUCCUCGACGUCUCGGCCAAUGCCGUGCGGCGGCUGCAGGCGGCCCACCUGCACCCUAUCGCCAUCUUCAUCCGCCCCCGCUCCCUGGAGAAUGUGCUAGAGAUUAAUAAGCGGAUCACAGAGGAGCAAGCCCGUAAAGCCUUCGACAGAGCCACCAAGCUGGAGCAGGAAUUCACAGAGUGCUUCUCAGCCAUCGUGGAGGGAGACAGCUUUGAGGAGAUCUACCACAAGGUGAAGCGUGUCAUCGAGGACCUCUCAGGCCCCUACAUCUGGGUCCCAGCCCGAGAGAGACUCUGAUUCCUGCCCUGGCUUGGCCUGGACUCGCCCUGCCUCCAUCGCCCGGGCCCCUUGGUCUGGACUCAAUUGCCCAAGCCCUUUGCGCCCCCUGCCUCCCUCCCACCCCUUCUUAUUUAUUUCCUUUCUAACUGGAUCCAGUCCAUUGGAGGGGGGACACUCCUCUGCAUGUAUACCCACACCCCAGAACUGGGCUGCUGAACCCCAGGAAUCUGAGGUCUGGGUGGGGGAGCCGGGCUCCUGGUCCCGAGUCCUUGCUCCUUAGGACCCCUAGACUCUGCCCACCCCCAACGCACACACAAACCCACUGGGGGUCACCUGCCCUCCCCCAUUUCUCCCAUAUACAUUCCAGAAGUCAGGGCCCCCCUCAAGGAGCACCCUGCUGCAGGGAUAUAGAGCCACAGGCCUCCGCUCUCUCCUGAGGCAGGGUCUGGGGUCACCCCUGCCCCAUCAUAAUUCCCCAUGUCCCUUGAUUUCUCAUUUAUUUUUUCCAUUUUUUUCUUCUCAAAGGUGGUUUUUGGGGGGAUAAGUAGGGGGACUCCAUUCUGGGCCCCCUGCCUUCCACAUGCCCCCCACCUUUUUUCUUUGCUGGUUUGCAUGAGUGGAAGGUCUAACUGUGGCUUUUUUUUUUUUCCUGGGAUUUUUUUGGGGAAAGGGGAGGGAUGGGUCUAGGGAGUGGGGAACAUGGGAGGGGGGUGGGGGGCAGGGGUUGGGGGUUGGGUGUCAGGGAGCCAGGGGAAGACUGGAAAUGCUGCCGCCUUCUGCAAUUAUUUAUUUUUUCUUUUGAGAGAGUGAAAGGAAGAGACAGAUAC